CCCGGCGAAGCGCUUGCUUGAGGUGAUCGAUACUUUAGUAUUUUUUAGUGCCAACCUUGAUUUCCAAAAUUCUCCAGACACAAUAGUCCAACGGAUUGGUAUCCGGUGAUUUUGGUGGCUAUUGUGCGCUGGAAAUAAAGCGAGAAAUCUCAUUUUGUAACCAUUCUUUGGUGGCGCGUGCUGAGUCCUGUUGGAAAGUCCAAGAUCUGCGGCCAAAAUGAUUGCGUGCCCAAGGCCUUAAUACAACCUCCAGAAUAUUUUCGCCAUAUUUUUCGGCAUUUAUUUUGAUGCCACGGUCGAUUAAUACGAGCGGAGAGCGAACAUCGGCUGUUAUGUCGGCCCACACAAUCACCAUGACCGGCGCUUGAGUUCUGAUAGCCUACCGAAGGUGCACAUUUUUAGCUGACCUCUUUGGCAAGUAAACACGAUUGUUUCGUUUGUUUAAGAACUGCUGGACAACGAAUGUGACCUCUCCUCCACCAUGUUUGACCGUGUGGAUCUCAUUAUUUUCUAACGCGGUUUUUGGUCGUCUUUAAACACAAAUUCUUCCAUUCGACUGAAAAAUAUUAAAUUUACUCUCGUCUGAGAAGAUCACUCAAUCCCAAAAGCUCACUAGCUUGUUUUGUACUUUUUUGCGAAGCCAAAGGUCUUAGGCUUUAUUUAAUUCGCUUGUGAGAGGUGUUUUCUCUUGCAUUUUUUGUGCUAUUACCGGCACAAUAAAGAGUCCUACGCACCGUUUUUGGAGUCUUCACGAAAUCUUCUACUGUAAAAAACGCACAGAAAAAUCUAAAAUAUAUCCAAGAUAUCUCCCAAACCGAAGAAACCUCUUUUACGGCCCAUAAUCGAACGCAAAAUUAAAUUUUUCUUUUAAAACAUUUUAUAGCCACAAUGAAAAAGCUGUUUUUUCCAAAUUAGAUGAUGAAAUGUACUCGCUUCGUUAUACCCCAUAUUGACCAUACUAAAAUUUGUUAAAUUGAUUUCUACAACAACAACAACCGUUAAAUGUUAUCAAAAACAUAUUUUGUAUUUUCAUAAGUUUGUAUGUACGACCGAUAACAAAUCAGAUAAUAAUUUUUGCCUAAAAAAAUAUAAAUUAAAAUAUAGCUUAGCGUUUAGUUAACAUAGUUCAGUUGAAGAGCAUGGCCAACAUAAGACCACUGAAUGCGGAAUUACAAAAAGUUGCCGCCGAAUUGGGAGAGGUACCCUCGCGAUUGGCUGAUGACUUGGCAGCCCUCAAGGAAUGGAUACGCCAACAGCCACAUUUGAGAGCCAAUACAGAUGAUCAAUUUUUGGUGGCCUUUUUGCGCGGCUGUAAAUAUUCAUUGGAACGGGCUAAAGCGAAAAUAGAUCGUUAUUUCACAUUAAAAAGUAAAUUUCCGGAAUUGUUUGGUUCCAUUGAUGUGGAUAAUCCCAGGGUUAGGGAACUUUUACAUACAGGAACAUGGCUAUACCUACCGAAUCCCUUGAAUGAUAAUGGCCCACGCAUUGGCAUUAUGCGCAGUGGUCUCUAUCCCGUUGACAAAUUCUCUGCCGAAGAAGUUAUGCAUGUGGCCCAUGCCCUGCAGGAAAUAAGUCUGCUAGAAGAUGACCAUGCCAUACUGCAGGGUGUCAUAUUUAUUGGUGAUUUUGAAAAGGCCACCAUGGCUCAUAUGAUGCAAAUGACACCAUCGCUGAUGAAAAAGAUGACCGUACAUUCCGAAAAGGCUGUGCCGUUGCGGCCUAAGGCCCAGCAUUUUAUUAAUACCAUUGCAGGAUUUGAGCCCAUAUUCAAUAUGGUCAAGCCCAUGAUGUCGGCCAAACAACAAAAAAGGUUAUAUGUCCAUGGCCAUAAAAUGGAUUCCCUUACCAAGGAAAUUCCCCUGAAAUACUUGCCCAAAGAAUAUGGCGGUGAAAAUGGUUCGGUGGAGGAAAUAAUUGCCGAGUGGGAUAAGAAAUUAGAUCAAUAUCGGGACUACUUUAAGCGCAGCGCCGAAUGGGGUACGGAUGAGAGAUUGCGUCCCGGCAAAGCCAUUGAUUUUGAAAGUCUUUUCGGCAUUGAUGGUUCCUUCCGUAAAUUGGAUGUUGAUUGAUUUAAUGAUGACAUAUUCAAUGAUAUUUUUAAGAGUAUUCGCAAUUUUUGAUAGUAAAAUUGUUUUUGAUUUA